AUGUUCGUUCUACGGAAUGUCGGCAAGCUCAUCUUUGGUUCAAGCACACAGGAAGCAUUGAUCGAGCUGCCCCAAGGCCAACUCUACCUCGUCCGCCCUCUGUCGCCCAAGGGCUACUCCGAGCUCAUCUUUAAAGAUUCCACCAUCCGUAUCCGUCGCACCAACCAAGACUACCAAUACCAACUUACUGUUCAGCGUGUCUUUGAGGAAGGCGAAGCGGAGCUCCUUGCUGAGGAAGAAGGCGAAGACGCUGCGCUCGACGCCCUCGAAUCCGAGGGAGACGAAAAGACCUUUCUCCUCGACGAGACCCUCCACUUCCGAGUCGAGAUCCGAGAGGACGGCGACAAGGUCCUAGCUUGGAAGGAUCUCAGUGGCGACACCGGUGACCUCUUCCAAUUCGUUUGCGACAACUCCGUCACCUCGGCUCAGGUCACGCAGUUUGUGCGAGUAUCUCAGCAGUGCCAGUACGAGCGCAAGUACCGAAAGCCCCAUACCACAGCUUCUCAGCAAGACUUGCAACAGUUCGAGUUUGAGGAGGAAGAGCCUAUCCCACCCGCCAGUCCCAUCCACAGUCCUACCCUCGCCCGAUCUAUCGAGUCUGUCGACGAUAUGCUGUCCAAGAAGAACACUGCCAACUCGGCCGCCAAGCGCGAGCCUGCCCACGUUCCAGAGCAGGAGAUUGAGGCCCCCGUCUUGAGUGGCCCCGACGCAAACAACCCUCCUGAAGCUCUGGAGAUUUAUGCUGCCAUUACCGCCGAGCUCCAUCUCUUUGACCCCCAGCCCGGUCACUUCGUCCUUGUCGAUGACUCCGUCAUCGCUACGGUCUCUGAAGUCGGCAAGUGGGAAUACUGGCUUCAGAUCGAAUCCACCGAGAAGCCUUGGCUGGGCACACCAGUCGUCGCGGAUUUCAACCCUGUCUUCGAUUUCGAGUACCUCUCCUUCGUAUUCAACCACUUUAGUAACGAUGGCACUGCUCGAUCUUGGCUUCUCCGGUUCAAGGACCAGUCAACUCUGGAGAAGUUCCAGGAGGCCAUCAUGCAAGCUAUCUGGGAGAAGCUCAACGAGACCAAGUGGACCAAGAUGCAAGACAAGGAACGCGAGUAUGUGCUCGACUCGUUUGGAGACUUGACUAUGGAGGAUGCUCCUAUCGAGGAAGAGGAAGAGGAGGAGGAAGAGGAGGAGGAGGAGAUCGAGGACGAUCGCGUUCAAGACGAGGAAUACGAUUCCGAUGAGGAGAAUGACAGCACUUUCCCCAGAAACGCUGAUGGCGAGGUCAACUCGCAGCUGGCGGUCGGUUACAAGCAUGAUCGCUCCUUUGUCGUCCGCGGAUCCAAGAUUGGAGUCUUCAAGCAUACUCCCAACAACCACCUCGAGUUCUCUACCAACAUUUCCAAGGUCACAACGCCUAGCGGCAAGUUGAUGAACCCGAAGAAGGUCAUGCUUCACAGCGAGGACCGCGACCUCAUCUUGCAGAAUGAAAUCGACCCCAACAAGCUAUACCGCAUGGAUCUGGAGUACGGAAAGGUUGUCGAUGAAUGGAACAUCCAUGACGACGUUCCUGUCGUAACCUUUGCUCCUGAGAAUAAGUUUGCCCAGAUGACUUCCGAGCAGACCUUCUUGGGUGUCUCCAACAAUGCCCUCUACCGCAUCGACCCUCGAUUGUCUGGCCACAAGCUUGUUGACUCGGAAAUGAAGCAAUACACUUCCAAGAACGACUUUUCUGCUCUUGCUACCACUGAGAAGGGCUACAUCGCCGUUGCCAGCAACAAGGGAGACAUCCGUCUGUUUGAUCGCCUUGGAAUCCGGGCCAAGACCCAGCUUCCAGCUCUUGGUGAUCCCAUCACUGGUAUGGACGUUUCCGCUGACGGUCGAUGGAUCCUGGGUACAACCAAGAACUACAUCCUUCUUGUUGAUGCUCAGCAGAAGUCGGGCAAGAAUGAGGGCAAGCUUGGCUUCGAGAAGCCCUUUGCCGCUGACUCGAAGCCUCACCCUCGACGUCUGGCACUUACGCCUGAGCACGUGGCCCAGUUCUAUCACGAAACCGGCAAGCCUGUCACUUUCACUCCUGCCAAGUUCAACACUGGUGAGGGAGCUGAAGAGACGAGCAUCAUCACCGCCACGGGUCCUUACAUCAUCGAGUGGAACCUGAAGCGAGUCCUCCGCGGAAUGAAGGCACCCUACAAGAUCAAGCGAUACGAAGAGGAGGUCAAGGCCGACGACUUCAAGUUUGGCUCGGACAAGAAUGUCAUUGUUGCCCUCCCCAACGAGGUCAACAUGGUGGCCAAGCAGAGUUUGAGAAAGCCUACCCGGGAAAGCAUCAUUGGAGAUAUCCGAUUGAGCGAUUCACGGAGAGGCUCUGGUCGUAUCGGCACUCGAGAGAGUGGUCGCUACAAGCUGGGCAAGGACGACAUUGUCAACGCGCCCUACUAG